AUGGCAAAUUGGACAAUUGAACAAGUUAGUGAUUGGCUGAGAGCAAAUGGCUUCAAAAAACAGGUUAAGAUGUUUAAAGAUAAAACCAUAGAUGGUAAUGCACUAAUGAAAUUAACUGAUUAUGAUAUUUCUGAGUUACUUUUGCAAAUUAAUACUGAUGGAUCGAUACAAGAAUCGACGAUUGGAAUAAAAAGUAGAUUCAGAACUAUACUAAAGGAAUGGAAAAUAGAGAACCAACAAAAAAAGAAGAAGAAUCGAAAUAAAGCUACUAAUAACACACAACCAGUUCUUCCAAAUACUGUAAUUGAUUCAACUAAUUCAAAUAAAGGUGAACACAAAGAAAAUAAAGAUUCUGAUAAUGAUAAAUGUAAAGUUUCAUAUGUAAUUAACGAUGAAAUUCAAGUUAAUUUUUUCAAAAACUCAAAAUUUCAAUCAUAUGUCAUUAAUUUAAUAAAACAAAAUGUAUGUCCAGUUGAUAUCAAAAUUAAACAAGCUAAUCAGAAAAAUAAUGAAUCCUGUAUUAACUACACUAUCAAAGUAACAGGAACAAAACAAGAAAAUCAUAUUGUCGGACGUUUUAUAAAAUAUUUCGAUGAGUUAAUAAAAUUGAAUACAUACAAACAACACAUAAUUGAAAAGUGGUUACUUAACUGUAAAUCAGAUGAUAUUAUUAAAAAUAUUUUGAAUAAGGAAAGUCAUGUUUUUACCGUAUGUGAAAUGACCGGAAUUUAUAAUCAAAUAUUAAAAGUUUAUUAUUUUGUUGAUGAAAAAAUGGAUGUUGUUCAAAUUUCAACUGAAAUCGAUGAUAUUAUUCAAAAUAAGAUUUUACAAGAAAAUAUUCUUUUUUUAUCAAAUGAUAAUAAACAUACGAAUAAAUUUAUUGAUAUGAAUACAAAUAAAAUGAUACUAGAAUAUCGAAUUUGUCCAACAGAACAAUAUGAAAAAGAAUUGGAUGCAAUAAUAAAUGAAUGUAAACAAAAUAAUCUAUUGAUAUCUCUUACUUGGAAACGAUAUCAUAUAGAUAGAUCAAAAAAAGAAAAUAUGAUUGAAAUAUUUGGAUAUGGAAAAUUAGUGAAUGAAGUUUCACAAAAAUUUAAGGAUUUGUUUAUUAAACAUCAAUUAAGAAAAUUCAAAUUUAAUGAAAUGUCGUCUGCUGAAUUUGAUGGUCUUGCGAAUCUUUGUUAUCGAAAAUUGAAAAAUAUUGAACGAGAAUUUCGACAUUACUACGGUGUACAAUUCUUUAUCGAACAAAACUAUUUUUAUGCAUCCCAAUGUUUAAAAGAUGAAAUUGAAUCUCGUGUAAUAAAGUUAUUAUCUAAUUUAAAAACAUAUACAUUUAAAAGUGUCGAAUUAUAUUAUGAUAUUGCUGAUCGAUUAUAUUCAAAUUUAAAAACUCUUGCUAAAAAAAAUCAUUGUUAUUGUUAUUUAAAAACAAAAACAAAAUUAAAAUUCUAUCCGAUUCCAAGAGCUCAUGAAAAUACAUUGAAUACUUCACAAUCAAUUAUUGAACAAUCGGAUUUAUUCUGUUCAUUACCAUCAGUUUUCUGUCGAACAAAAUUAGCUAAUGGAUCAAUUGAAGUUCUUAUAGGUGAUAUUGCUGUACAAAAGGUUGAUAUUAUUAUCAUUCCAUCGACAUCAUUUGGUUUAAAAGAAAGUUUAAUCGAACGAGCUGGUGAAAUAAAUCAAUUACAAAAUCAAGAAAAUUCUACAAUUCCAUUUAUUACUGAAACAACCAGUGGAAGAUUGAAUUGUAAAAAAAUUUUAUUUGUAAAUUGGUCAGUACCAACAUGGGGAAUUGAUAAUGAUUAUUUAAGUGAAUCCAUUACAACAUUUAUUUCGAAAACAAUUCAAUAUGUUAUAGCAAAUCGUAAACAAACGGAUUCAGAUGUUUAUUCAAUUGCAUUUGCAGUACCGGAUAUGUGUGAACAAGAACAAGUUUUAGCCGAAGAAAUGAUAGAAGAAACAAUGAAUCAAAUUAAAUCAAUAAAAUCUUUUUCAUUGAAUGUAUCAUUUAUUUUAUUACCUGAUCAAAAAACAUUACACAAACAAUUUUUAAAUAUACUUCAAGAAGUACACAAAGGAGAAGAUAACUUUGGAAUGUUUUCUUGUCCUACAUCAAUUAUUACAAUUACUCUUAUCUCACUCGAUGACGAUUAUUUUACUAAAUGUGAACAAAAAAUAAAUAAUUACUUAAAUCGAUGUGUAUUUAAUAUGAAAUUAGAUGGAUUUACACACUGGAAUCAACAUAUGAUCAAUGCUUUUUAUAAAUACGCUAAUGAUAGAUAUGUUUUACCUAAAUUAGAUAAUGAACAACAAAUUGUAUUGUAUAGUCAUAUUAAUAAUGUGUAUGAAGUUAGUCAAAAAUAUCAUUUAACAAACAGAUUCAUACAAGAAAAAACCAAUUUAAUGCCACAAUUAUCAAUGGAGACAUCAUCUGCUUGUUACAAUAUUAUGCUUAGUUGUUCAUCAAAAGAUUUAAUUGUAUCAAAACGUUUAGCUAAUCGUUUAGUCGAUGAAGGUUUUUCUGUUUGGAUGAAUUCAAAGGAAACAACUACUUUUGAUCAGAUAUGCAAAAAAAUAAAUAAAUCCGAUUGUAUUAUUUUCUGUAUAAGUAAACAUUAUUUUGAAGAUCAAUUAUGUAAAAAAAUAACAAAAUAUGCAGAUAAAAUUGGUAAACAUAUUAUUUUUGUAAAAAUUCAAAAUUAUGAACCAAUUGAAUGGUUAAAAAAAUUAACUCAAAAAGAUUCUUGUUUUCAAUUAUUUGGAUCGGAUAAUAAUUUUAAUUUAGAAUGUGAUAAAUUAUUACUAAAAAUUUUACAAUAUACGAAACCCAGUUAUAUAUUACCACUUGAAAAACCAGUUAAUCGAUCUGAUGUGUUAACACAACAUCACACGGUUAACUCUCCUCAAACUGGUAUGAUGUUAUAUUUUCUGUUAACACCAGAACAAAAAAGAUCACAAUAUGAAAAAAAUAUUAAAAAAUUGAUGAAAUUGAAAAAAGAAAAGAUAAUGGAGGAUGAAAAUGAUAAGGAAAAUCAUGUUAACAAAAUACAACAAAUAAUUUUUGAAAAAGAAAAUCAAUGCAAAGAAUAUAUAGAACACAAUUUACGUUACUAUCCAAAUACUGAUGAUUCAGAACAUCAAAUCAGAAGAGAAGAAUUUGCAUAUCGAAUAAAACUUGAUAGUGGAAUAUUUUCCUACAAGCAAUGGUUAGAACAAAAUGGAAAUUUAAAAAUAAUAUUAAAUGUUGCACCAUUUACAUUGACUGGUAAUAUUAAUGAUGCAGUAUUUCCUAUGUUACAUGAAGCUUUACAAAAUUCGUAUCUUUUACAAACCCUACGUGAACAUCACAUAAUGCCACCUACACCAGAAUCUCCUUCAGAGGAAAGUAAUACCCCUAUUACUUCUCCACUAAAGGUACCAAGACGUAUACGUAUACCACCGAAAAAACGGCAAAGCACUAGUGAUAAUUCAGUGAAUGACGAGAGUAAUACCUCUAUUACUUCUCCACCGAAGACACCAGAACGUAUACGUACACCACCGGAAAAACGACAAAGCACUAGUAAUAAUUCGGUGGAUGACGAGAUAAAACCUAAAAAAAUAUCACGUCGUGUCAAACGUUUGGAUACUUCUCACACUAGUGAUGUUAACUCAAAUGAUUCCAAAAAGAAAAAAGAACCAGGAGAAAGUACUCUGAAGCAACUCUCUCGAAAAAGGUCGUUUUCAAACAGUGAGAAACUUGAAUUUCAAAUGAAAUUUGUCGAACAAAUGAAAAAGAAUGAAUAUGAAUUACAAAAACUCUGUGAAGAUGUAGAAUAUGCAUCAUCAAAAUCAAGAACUAAAAUAUGUUAUGGUUAUCCGACAGCUUUAUUUGGUUUAUGUCCAUUCCCAAGAAUAAAAAUCAAACCAUCUACAACAUUACCAACACAUAAUACAAUUGCAAUUCCAUUAAAAUUUCCAUGGAAUUCAGGUUAUGUCACUGAAAUUCGUACUAUGAGUUGGACAAAUCCAUCAACAUUUUUCUUUUUCGAAGCAUCACAAGCUGAAAAACAUUAA